UGUGGUUGAUGAGCAACGGGUGGCUCUUGAGGAAGCAGACAGAGCUGGGCUGCAGCAGCAGUUCCUCCCAGAGCUUCUCUGCAAAGUCCAGGUAUCACACGGAGAGAGGAGAGUCUCCUGCUAUGCUGCUGGAGAGUGGCUGGAGCUUACAUAGAAUGAAGAUCCAAACAAACAACACUUGAAGAGUGAAGAGAAACUCUAAUCUAAAAUGUUCCAGGAAGACUUCAGGAACAUGACUGAAGGGACCAGGAACAGCAGUGACUCCUCUUCUGCCUUCGUUCACACCAGCACCAUGAGUGCCAUACUGGUGACUGUCUACUCGGUUGCCUUUGCUGGAGGUGGAAUUGGGUCCAUCACGAUGUCCUUUGUGCUGCUCAAGAUGAACACUCUGUCUGUGACCACGACUGCCAUCGUUAACCUGGUCGUUGUGCACGGCCUCCUCCUCUUCACGGUGCCCUUCCGCCUCCACUAUUACGUCAAAAAGAAGUGGGUAUUCGGCAUGCCGUUUUGCAAAAUGGUGAGCGCCAUGGUGCACAUCCACAUGUACCUGACCUUCGUAUUUUAUGUGGUCACGCUGGUGAUCCGGUGGCUCAUCUUCUUCCAGUGGAAGGACAAGGUGGAGUUUUACAGAAAGCUGCAUGCCAUUGCGGCAAGCGCUGCCGUCUGGGUCUUCGUCACGGUCUUUGGGGUGCCGCUCUUCUACAUCGAGUACGGACGCUCAGGCUUAUACAAUAAUACAGCAUGCUUCAAGUUCCACAAAGAGCUACAGCAAGAGAGUGUGAAAGCCCUGAACUACACCGUCAUUGUAGCUGUUGUCCUCAUUUCUUGUGUCCUCUUAGGCUUGCAGAUUUUUAUCCUGGUAAAAGUGGCAAGAAAAUUUUCCAACUCCCUCUGUUCACACCAAGAAUUCUGGGCCCAGGUGAAAAACUUGAUUUUCAUCUGGGUCAUCAUAAUUUGGUUCCUUCCCUAUCACCUGUUCAGGGUCUACUACAUACAGCAUGUGAGUGAUUUUGAGCAGUUAGAAAGCUACAAUGAGGUUUUUUUGAGCCUGACUGCCCUGAGCUGUCUGGACCUGCUGUCACUCAUGCUGAGUGGAAGCAGCUUCUUCAAGCAAAAUGUGGGGAUGCUGAACAGGAGGUUUGCUUGCUGCUAGCAUCAGUCUGCAGCAUGUACAGGACCUGGGAUAGGAUAGUGAUGAAAAGAGACAGCAAACUCCCUUCUCAGCAAGUGAGGAUGUGCUCUGGAAACAGUACAACACAUUGACACAGGGCUUUGCACAUCAGCUUCCUGAAGGAAUGGAGCAAACUGCCUCAGCUGGUAAACAGGAAGGUGACCUCAAAAAUUUCCUCAUGAUGCUACCCAGUGAGUUGUGGAUGGACUUAGAGAAGAAGCAAUAAAGGUCAUGGGCCCUACUGUCUCACUGUUUUUUACAUCAAGAUUUGGGGGUCAAAGGCCCCCAGAGGAGGGGGAGACUUAAGAAUUGCA